AAUUGAUUGUUCCCAUCAUCAAUAUCUACGCUAAAAUUGAUCUAAAUAGAUUGUUCUACUCAACAAUAUCUACGCUAAAUUCAUCAUCGUGAUGAUGUUUCUGUUUCUUCUGAAAAAGGUAUCACACAUAAAUCUAGAGAAGUGUUGACCCAUUCUCAUCUGCAACUACAAACACUCUCUGUCCUUGACAGACAGCUGUUCCAAACCCAACACCAUUCACCUGCUCCCACCAUUCCAUUUCCUCUUUCUUUCUCCCACCUCUCUCAUAUCUUCAGAUCCAUCACUCUCUUUGCAGAAAAAAAAGCUUUAUUUGGCCAUCAAUUUAAUUGCCUGACCAAAGUAACCAUCUCGUUCCCUUUUCUGCUUUGUUGAAAUGCCAUGACAGUUCAGAUUUGUAGGAAGCUUAUUGGAAGAAAAAUAGCUUUGAUAUUUGGAAAUGUCUGAAGUGAGAAACAAAGUGGAUUUCAUCCAGUUGCUUGGACCUGACAUGUCAAUCAAGAUUCUCACCCAUUUGGAUGACCCUUGUGAUCUUAUUCGGGUUUCUUCUGUUUCCAGUUCUUGGCACCGAUUUGUUAUUGAACAUGGCCUCUGCAAGCAACUUUGCUUGAAAAUGUUUCCUGAAAUAUCUGGUGUUGCUCAUAUAAUUGAGCUUGACAACAUUAUUGAACCACUAAGCAACACUCUUGGCAGUUAUGUAAGUUGGGAGUCUCAUAAGAGAAAUCAUAGAGUCUAUGCAUUUUUGGCUUCUGGUCUUUCUCCUAUGAGGAAAAAUUGCAUCUCAAAAGCCAUUAGUGCAUCCAGCACUGAUAACUACCCUGAAGAAAGCAUUCUACAUACGUUGGAGCCUGGGGAUAGAACUGAAUAUAGAGCAUCAUACUGGUCAAGCAAAGGGGAAAGCGAUCCUUCUGUUCCUGAGACUUUAGUUUAUGAGCUAGCUUCAAAAUUAUGUCUUGUUACGGAGAUUUAUGUCCAUCCAUUCCAAGCAUAUUUUCAGCAUGGCUUCCCUAUAUAUUCUGCUAAGGCUGUCCGAUUCAGAAUGGGCCAUUCGAAACACCCAAUGGAAUUAGAGAGUCCUGUGGACAACAUGGCUGCUAAUCACGUCUUGGGCAAUAAUCAAUUCAUAUGGACAUAUACAUCACCUGAAUUUCCAAUGCUUCAAGAAAACCGCUUGCAAAAAUUCAAGCUACCUGAACCUGUUCUGUGCAUUGGAGGUGUACUGCUAGUUGAGCUGUUGGGUAGAGUUCAAAAGCAAGAAAUGGAUGAAUUAUUCUAUAUAUGCAUCUCUCAUGUUCAAGUUAUGGGACGACUGCUUUUUCCGGAAUUUGAUGUCAAAAUUCAUCAUCGAUCAGGAAAGUGUACCUUGAAAUACUGCCCUCAAACAGAUUGUUAUAUGUCUUCUCCAACAUCAUCACCGAGAAGCAACUCGAGUAAUCCGUCACGCCUGCGGACCAUAACCUCAAGCAUAAUGCAGAGGGGUGUGAGACGUUGGGAGCAAUUUCUCUUGGGUGCAUUGCUUGGUACUGGUCCUGUUGUAGUUGAUAAUGAAGAUCAAUGAAAAAAAAAUGUAAGUAAUAAAGUACUUCCAUUCUCAAAUGGAAGACAUUGGUCCCAAUAUCUGUAUAGCAUGGAAUAUGUUGAGCACAAUAAUAAGUAGGGGGAAGAGGCAAAGUUUCAUCUUUAUUUGUUUCUUUCUGUUACAUAAGUCUUGUCUUCAUGGCUAGUUAUUAAGGAUAGGUUGUACACAAAUUUUCUGGCGGCUCGAAUUGAUAACGAAAUUUGUAUUGAUGAUAAGAAGGAUGAUGGAGUACUUCUACCACGUAUUCUACAUAAUCACGUGUUCCAACCUGGUGGCAACUGAUACAGACAAUCCACUUGUUUGAACCUUAAAAAUAUGCCAUUCAGAUUGGGUCCCUAUGAUGAAAUAUGUGCAUAUGCAAAAUAAUUGUAAGUAUCAUCAUCAUGUUGUUCCUGUCUUUGGUCAUAUUGGUAGGGAUUGGUUACUUAGAAUUUAAUCUUAUACUCAUUUAAUGCUAUGUAACCAAUUGGAGGUCUAUAAAUCUCUCUCCUUUGUAACUGAUUGGCUUUCCCAUACGUUAUAAUAUAUUCUAUUUUGUUGACCAAAAACAAAAAA